AGCUCGAAAUUAUAUAAGGCGAUGAGGUCGGAGGCAAGCCUCUGUUUCAUAUCACUCUUCCCCAAGCGUAAUCAAGAUGGCUACCCCAAGGAAUGUCUCUGUUGAGGUCUCAGGUCCCCUCAUCCAAGCGCUGACCUGCUUCAACGGAUCCGAGCCUGGUGUAAGAUUGGACCGGCUCAACGACAGAAGUCUCGAGAACCCAGACAAUUCUUUUGGUGUUACUCGCACUUUCAACAUAGUUCCUAUCCCCAAUGGAGGCCAAGGUCACUUUGCACUGCAGUCAAAGUUUAACCAUGCGUAUCUGGGCUUCAAUGUGAGAGAUCGGCGGCUCAUGAUGCGACAUGUUCAGUUUCCUCCACCCGAAUCUUUUCGCUUCGCUUAUUCCCUGAAAAUCCCACAUUGCUAUGACGAGGAUGGCGCUCCCGUUCACAUCAUGGCUGCAGACGCCAAACCAGUUAAUGACCCCAACAGCGCCAGCACGGAGUUUCAGCUAUUCGUACGCCCUUUCCAGGGACUGACACCAGCAAGCACUGUUGAUGAGUCAUGGAAGCAACAGCUUGCUCUAAUCAGCGUUCUCGGAGAAAAGAAGUCUUCUGACGAGGACGAAUAUUCCGAAGUGCGGGGAUUCGGUGGUGGCGGCAGUACGGAUAUCGAUAAUUCGGAGCAGCUUGCGAUGGUUGCGGAGAUGCAGAAGACGGGAGAUUUGCGAACAGCUAUUAACACUCUCGCUGAGGAAAAAUACGAUGAUGCUACAAACCAGGGUGUUUCGCCAGAUGCUACUGUCAAAGUGGCCCAGCUUCUGUGUAUCAUGGAUCAGUGUGUUUACAUGAGGGACAUCGAAAAUGAGGAGCGUAUACAUUCAGAGCUGCAGCCACAUGCAGCUGAGAUUAAAGAAGCUGUCCGGCAUUCCCGGCCGAUUAGCAAGGCUACCUUGGACGCAAUGAUGAAAGCUCAGGUGAAGGGAGACAGAGCUACACAGAAGAUACAGGAGGUGGCAUCAAGAAUGGGGCUCGACUACCUACCCAUCUGCAACUUCUCUUCCGACGGAUCACUUCUCCGCAACGGUCCCUACUGUGGCGCAUUUUAUGGGCACAGUGAAGCUAAGAAGCCGUUUAUUGUUGUGGCAUUCAAGGGGACUGGAAGGUUAAAAGAAUGGAUCACGGAUAUCAAAUUUAAUAUGAAGGACGCUGUCGGGUCAAGUCCGCUGAAGGGCAUGUGCCAUAUCGGAUUCUUCGAUGGUGUAUUCAAAGACUUCCCAUGUGAUCUGUCAUCGGACAAAUCAAUCCGACUGGCUUUACCAUUCCAAAUGAUGAGAAACCAGCUCUGGAAACUUGAGAGGAAGGUCUUAGCCAAAACCUUUCCAUUUGGGCUGAGAGUCCAAGCGUGGGUGACUGGCCAUUCUCUUGGUGGAGCAUACGCGACGAACUGCUGGGCUGGCAUGCUAGCAGAUAUGCAUUUUAUGCACACAACAAUUCGCGAUCUCAUAACAUUCGGAAGUCCGCGAGUGGGCGACAAAACGUACGCCACCUAUGCAGGCAGCCUUAAGGGGUUUCGGAAAUCGUGGAGGUUCGUCAACGGGAACGAUUUGGUAGCAAGGGCGCCGUGUGUAACCUUUUGGCUGAAGAGCUAUUACCACAUAGACUCGAUGGUGAACAUUUCUCCGGUUCGAAUUGCUUUAGGUAACUCGGAGCUUAGAACCAAUCAAGCCAUGGAAGUAGCAACAGAAGAUGCCACGGAAGACGCCACGGAAGAAGGCAUGACGGAUGAAAGCGAUCUCGAGGUGAUCAAUCAGGAUGAGUAUCACAUCCAAGGUGAUAUCUUUGGGAUUGCGGACCACAGCUUGAAAAAAUACUGGGCGUCCUUGAGGAACGGCACUCUUGAGAACCACAAUCCAUGGCCUUGAUGUUGAUGCAAGCGUAUGGACUCGUAGAGGUGUAUCGAGUUGAGAUAGUGAUGAGAAGUUGCGCGCUGCCUGUAGUUAGUAGAGUUUGAGUCUAAAAUAUAGUUGUUCUAGAAGUUAAGGUUAGGUUUCGGCUCGGUCCGGAUAAGUCAAUGAAGUCUCUAGGGCUAUCCUUGGUCUCUGGCUAAACAUCGCUUAGUAGCGUCAUAGCAUUCAAAAUAUAGAGGACUUCGGGCAAAACAUCUUGUCCGAUCACCAUUUGCACCGCCAAAGUGGACGGAAGGAAUCGAC